AUGAGCUUGUACUCAGCUUCCGCUCGCCGUAGCAACAGUGUAGGCAGCGACGUCAGCUCCAUAACGUCACACAAUGAUCACCAAGUGUCCCAGAAUGACUUGGCGGUACUGAAGCAAAAGUUCCAGUUCAUUCGCGACGAUGAGGCGGAUGCUGAGCAGGGUGAGACGGACUGGCAAGUCCGCAUGAGUGUACGCUACUACCGGCAACUCUUUCGCGAGUAUGCCCUGGCCGAUCUGUCCCGCUAUAAGGAGGGCAGAAUUGGACUUCGCUGGCGCACGGAGAUGGAGGUCGUAGCAGGAAAAGGGCAGUUUACGUGUGGCAACAAACGCUGCGAUGAGCGCACAGAGCUGCAGAGUUACGAGCUGCUAUUCGCGUACGCGGAGCAUGGAGAGCGGAAACGGUGCUUGGUCAAAGUGCGAGCGUGUAGUGCGUGUGCGGAGAAGCUAUUCUACAAAAAGCUGAUAGAAACGAGGAGAAAGGAGAGGCAUAAGAAGGAAAAGAGGGAGCGGAAGCGACGGCGAUUGGAGAAUGGCUCGGACUCGAACCAAACCGCGAACCGACCAUCAAGUUCCGGUUCAAGUAGCAGUAGGGUACGCGAUGAAAGCAAUGAUGAACAGGAUGGGGAAAGUGACCCUGGUGACGGUAUCCACGACUUGUGUGCGAGGAUCAAUGCGGAGGAGAAGGCUGCGUACCCUGCAGCUGUAUCUCGGGUGAGAGCUUCAGUGAAUGAGUCAGGUAAACACCCAAGUGGGUUUGAUGAACUUCUUCCUUAG